AUAUAGAGCAAAUUAUCUAUGAAAAUAUAAAUUGACAAUUCAAAAGAUUGUAGCAGCUUUCAUAUGAAUCGCAGUAUUGUUUACCCGCGCUUUCAUUAUCUAAAUGUGAUUUACGCGGCUGUGCGCCAUUUUGUUACAUUUUAGAAUGUCCAUGUUUUGACAUUUCUCAUAACUUACCUAUUAAGUUUCAGUUUCAUUUAUGUUAGUUUUUUUAAAUAAGUUUUUACAAUGGCUAGUGAAGCUGUGCUAAAGUAUUUAGAAGAUACAAAUAGACCGUAUUCUUGUGCUGAUGUUACCGUGAACCUAAGGGGUGCAUUUUCCAAAACAAUAAUACAAAAAACUCUUGACGCAUUAAGUGAGGCGGGAAAAAUAAAAUGCAAAUUGUAUGGAAAACAAAAAGUGUAUGCUGCGAUACAGCUCGAUAAUAAUGAAGGCCCUAGUGAUAAUGAAGAUUACGAUGCCAAAAUAAAAGAAGUAACUAAAGAUUUAGAAGAAAAUAGAACAAAUUUAAAAACAAUAGAAAAUCGUUUAAAAACAUUGUUGGCAACACCAACUACAGAGUCGGCGAAACAGCAAAUAGAGGACGUUAAUAAAAACGUAGAAAGUAUGGAGAAAAAAAUCGCAACAUUGCGAGAUUCUGUCGAAGUUAUAAGUGCUGAGGAGAAGAAGACUAUACUUAAUCAGCAUGAUAAGUAUUUACGUGAAUAUAGGAAACGCAAGAGAAUUUGCUCAGAAAUGACAGAUACAGUAUUAGAAGGGUAUCCGAAAUCUAAAAAGAACUUUCUCGAAGAGCUUUGCAUAGAGACAGAUGAAGCGGUCGACUUUAAACUUACGUCGCAAUAAAUAUUUUUUAUUCCUUUA